AUGGUUUUCUCAAAGUUGGCCCUCAUGGGCACAUUCGCUGCAUCAGCAGCAGCAUACUCUGCAACUGAAAGAACAUUCGCAGUUAACCAUUUCUAUGGAACAGCUCCUCUUCUUACGGCUCGUUUGGAUCCAAUCAUCAGCCCAGGAGAAGUAUCUGGACACGUUCAUGCGAUUCAAGGAGGAAGUGCUUUUGCCAUGAGUAUGGGAGAUAUGACGGCCUUGGAUCAAUCCAACUGCACUUCAUCACUUGUCAAGAAUGACAAGAGCAAUUAUUGGACCCCCUCGUUGUAUUUCGUGGACCCAAAUGACCCUUCCAAUAUCACAGCCGUACCUAUGUUCUACAUGAAUGUCUAUUAUUUCUUUGAACCUACCACCGAUAAGAUCACUGCUUUUAAACCAGGUCAUCGAAUGGUGAUUGGUGACCCAACCCUUCGAUCUCCUCCAGCUGGUGGUGGAGGAUCCGUCGUUGACUACUCAGCCGGAACUCCCCAACCAAUUCAAGUCACCUGUCCUCGCACCAAUUAUGACACCCCAUCAUACCCCGCCGACUCAGACGGAUUGCAUGGUGUAGGAAUUCAAGACCCACAGAACAAAGGAGCAGGUGCUGGAUUCCCGGAUAUAAAUUGUGAUGCAUUCGCUGCACCCAUGCGUCUUGAUGUCCACUUUCCCUCAUGCUACAAUCCGGCCGCUGGAUUGUCCGACUACAAAACCAACAUGGAUUGGCCUACAAAAGGCAAUUGUCCAAAAGGUUGGGUUCAUACUCCUCACAUCUUCUAUGAGGUUUACUACGAUACCCUAGCAUUUGCAAGUCAAUGGACACCAGGACAAGGAAAGCAACCUUUCGUUCUUUCCAACGGAGAUCCCACUGGUUACAGCCUCCACGCUGAUUUCAUCUCAGGUUGGGAUGUUGAGACUCUUCAACAAAUCAUCGAUAACUGCAAUGCAGGUGAUUCCGGAAUGGACAAAUGUCCAGGUCUCAUCGGUGGUUUGAAUGAUGCAUCUUCAUCAUGCACCAUUCCAUCACCAAUCGACGAAGUUGUCACCGGAUCCAUGUCAAAAUUACCGGGUAACAACCCUAUGGGACAAUGGGGUGGAAAAUCUUCCGGGGCUGCUAGUGUAGCUUCCUCAGUUGUUGGAAAUGCUACUUCAGCUGUCUCUUCGAUUAUCUCUUCAGCUGUCAAAUCAGCCACUGCAUCGGUUACCGCAUCGGUGUCCAACAUCGUCUCAUCUGCGUUAUCGAUCGCUACAUCUGCAGCAUCAAUAUCCCUCCCUAGUGACUCUACAUCCAGCGUCGCUACCUCCACCCACCAAUCAUCAGCUACCUCAGCCUCCAACAAGUAUCUCCAAUCCAACACCGAAAGCGUAGCCGCAGCUGUCACCCACGCCGCCGCCGUAGCAGCAUCAGGCGAUGACAACGACGUCAUAUCCUCCAGCGUCAUCACAUCUGGCGGCCAAGUAAUCACAACAAUCGUCACCGUACACGCCUCAACCCUAAUCUACAAAACCGUCUCCGUAACCGCAGACCAACCAUCCGCAUCCGCCACAGGCUCCAAGACCCCAACCACCAGCACCAGUGCAGCCGCCAUCUCCGGCUACACCUACGCCGGCUGCUACGCCGACCAAGAACCCACUCGCGCGCUCUCCGGCAUCAAAUUUGCCAAUAUCGGCCUAGGCGCCGUAUCAAACACUGCUUGCGUAUCCUAUUGUUCGACACAGGGAUAUAGUGUGGCGGGUACAGAAUAUGGAGGUCAGUGUUUCUGUGGUGAUAGUGUGCCGAGUAAGGUGUUGGAUAAGAGUUUGUGUGCGAUGGCUUGUGAUGGGGAUGAGGGGGAGACUUGUGGGGGUGGGUUGGCGUUGAGUGUUUAUGUUAAGGGGGAGGGGAAGGAGAGUAAGAGUGGGAAGGAGGAGAAGAGGGUGUCGAGACAUUUGCAUAAACAUGCUAAGAGACAUUAG